AUGGCUGAAGUAGUUCCUGGAAUCCACACACCACCAUUGCAACUAACCAAUAUUGAUCAAGAUAUUAGAGCUGAUGAAGAACUACAAGAUGUUGAAAAUUUGCUUGGAAUGGUGGUGCACAGUGAGGAGGAAGCAUAUAAAUUGUAUAAUGAUUAUGCUAUACGAAUUGGGUUUAGCGUUCGAAAAGAAAAACUCAGAUAUGCAAAAAAUGGUGUAAGACAGAGAGAGUAUGUGUGUUCGAAAGAAGGAUUUCCACGAGAUGGUGACCAUUUGGAUGAUAAGAAAUUCAAAAGAUUACAAACUAGGACUGGUUGUGAAGCUAUCAGGUUUACAGUGACAAAUGGUGAGUGGAAGGUUACUCAUUUCAAUUCUAAUCAUAAUCAUGAGCUUGCAAAGCCUGAAGAAAGACCGUUUUUAAGGUCGAAUCGAAAAAUAACUGAUGCUCAGUUAGGUGUAAUAAGAACUUUUAAAGAAGCGGGCAUAAGAACAGUAAGUACAUAUUCCUAUUUAGUUGAGGAAGCUGGGGGAUUUGAAAAUGUUGGGUUUAUAAAACGAGAUUGCUAUAAUGCGGUGAACAAGCAUAAGUUAAUCAAUGUUGAGGCUGGAGAUGCUCAAAGUUUAGUAAACCAUUUUAAACAAAAGCAAGCAGAAGAUCCUAUGUUUUUUUAUGCAAUUCAAGUUGAUCAAGAAAAUCGAAUGACAAAUUUUUUUUGGAGAGAUGGUAGAUCAAGAAUUGAUUAUAACUCUUUUGGAGAUGUUAUAUGUUUUGACACUACAUAUCGAACUAACAAGUAUAAUAUGAUAUGUGCCCCAUUUGUAGGUGUCAACCAUCAUUGGAAGAAUGUACUUUUUGGUUGUGCAUUUCUAUUGGAUGAAACAACUGCUUCGUUUACUUGGUUGUUUGAAACAUUCUUGGAAUCAAUGGGAAAUCAAAAACCAAAGACAAUUUUUACUGACCAAUGUCAAGCAAUGAAGAAUGCCAUAAGAGUUGUGCUUCCUGAUACUUGUCAUCGCCUAUGCUUAUGGCAUAUCUCAAAAAAUGCUGCAGAAAAUUUACCAAGGCAUUAUGGGAAUCCUGAAUUUAAGAGUAAGUUUAAUAAGAUUCUUUAUAAUUGUGAGACAGAAAUAGAGUUUCAGUCUUGUUGGGAUGCCUUGCUCAGAGAUUACAAUUUGGUGGGUAAUAAGUGA